GCAGCCGGAGCGGAGCAGCGUUGGAGCUGGAGCCUCAGCCCUCAGGCGCCACUGUGAGGACCUGACCGGACUAGACCAUCCCGCAGCGCCCCGCCCCGGCCCCCUCCGCGCCCUCCCGACGCCAGGUCCUGCCGUCCCGCCGACCGUCCGGGAGCGAACCCGUCGUCCCGCACUCGGAGUCCGCGAUGGCUUCAGUGACAGAUGGUAAAACUGGAGUCAAAGAUGCCUCUGACCAGAAUUUUGACUACAUGUUUAAACUGCUUAUCAUUGGCAACAGCAGUGUUGGCAAGACCUCCUUCCUCUUCCGCUAUGCUGAUGACACGUUCACCCCAGCCUUCGUUAGCACCGUGGGCAUCGACUUCAAGGUGAAGACAGUCUACCGUCACGAGAAGCGGGUGAAACUGCAGAUCUGGGACACAGCUGGGCAGGAGCGGUACCGGACCAUCACAACAGCCUAUUACCGUGGGGCCAUGGGCUUCAUUCUGAUGUAUGACAUCACCAAUGAAGAGUCCUUCAAUGCUGUCCAAGACUGGGCUACUCAGAUCAAGACCUACUCCUGGGACAAUGCACAAGUUAUUCUGGUGGGGAACAAGUGUGACAUGGAGGAAGAGAGGGUUGUUCCCACUGAGAAGGGCCGGCUCCUUGCAGAGCAGCUUGGGUUUGAUUUCUUUGAAGCCAGUGCAAAGGAGAACAUCAGUGUAAGGCAGGCCUUUGAGCGCCUGGUGGAUGCCAUUUGCGACAAGAUGUCUGAUUCGCUGGACACAGACCCGUCGAUGCUGGGCUCCUCCAAGAACACGCGUCUCUCGGACACUCCACCGCUGCUGCAGCAGAACUGCUCAUGCUAGGCAAGGCCCACCUUCCUGACCUCCCCUCAUUGUGGCCCCACACCCAGUCUGCUUCUCCCUGUUACACACUGUCCACUCUCAGCCCACUCUCCCUGUUACACACUGCCCACACUCAGAGCAAGAUGAGUUGCUGCUAUUCUUUGCCUGCCCCUGGGGUUCUCUGCAGAUGGUCCCAGUAAUAGAUACUCAGCACUAGACUAACAGAACAGGUCACUACACGGGUGCAGAAUCACUUUACAAAAGAAGACUCUGUUUUACGAAGGGGAUUCACUACAGGGACUUAGAAAACAGUCUCUUUUCUGCCUUUAAAAUGAGAGUUCCUCCAUUUACCAAAAUUUGACACGCACACAUUCUUCAGGGGCAUGCCAAUUGCGUAAAGUGAGGCUCGCCUGCAUAGCUAAUCCUAUUAAAGACAACUUCUCAAAGCACAACGUGCUUGUUUCCUAUCGGGCUCCCUGCGGGGCUUUCUCUCACUACAAGUCAAGCUUGGGCUCUCAAAGCCCUGCGCCUGUUACCACGGAUGCCCACAGGGCCUGGGCAGUUGCUGUGGCGACAGGAAGAGCUAAUCUUCAGAGAGCUCAGACUCUCUAAUGAUGCUGAAGGAGCAAAGGCUGAGUCAGAAACACACUUAAGAGAAAAGGAUUAUCCCCUACAAAAUGUCAGAGGUUCCUGCUAUAUGAAAGAGCAAGUAGGUAUGCUCAAGAAAGACAAACAGAAAAAGAGAAACAGGCAAGAUCAAGAAACAGAUCACGAGUUUCUGAUUUUGCUGCUUUCCAGUUGGUUCUUAACUGUGGGAACUUAGUGAAAUUGGUUAUUGGUUCUUAGACUCCUAGAACCUGAGGAUUUUAGAUUUGACGGGAUUCCCAAAUUUACCUAGUCUGACUAGUCAGUUCUAACCUUCCUUUUUCUGACAAGUGACUGUCAAGCCUAACAAUCAAAUCUCUUUCUUUUAAAGCACACCUUCUAGGCAGGGAAGGAGCUCAUUUUCCACACCAUCUUUGUCAACUCUCAUAGAAAGUUUUCCUUGCAUCAAGCUCAAAUCUGCCUCCUGGAAAUUCUUCUUCUUCUUCCCUCCCUGUUGGUACCCGCUCUGCUGUCAGAGACUUCACAGUCUGUGCUCCCUCUGCCCUGUGACAUCUUCAGACUAUUUGAGAACAGGAAUCAUGACUCCUGGGACUUGCCUUUUCUCUAGGUCAAAUACCUCUAUAAUUCCAUCUGCUGUUCUUCAUAGGGUCUUCUCCCUAUCCUGCCCUUUUCCUCCAAUCCAUCUUUUAACUGCUCUUGAGCAGUCUAACUGAGAAGUAUGAUUCAAAGCAAAAUAAAUCUUAAGGUGGCAUGACUCUGAAAAAAUUGAGAAAAUUGAACUCAGAGAUCCUGAUCCCAACCCCUUUCUCCUGGGAGUGAAACCUUAGUUUCUACCAGAGAGUGUGGGAAACCACUUCUGGUGGAAGCCCCUUAAUUAAAUACCUGAGGAAAAAAAUAAAAGAAACUCAGAGACCAGAAUAAAUUAGCUCAUUAUUCUAGCUUGCUUGGCCACAGGGACAUAUUUGGUUUUGGCUGAAAUAAUGACAUGGAACUGGCAAUGAUUCCAGAAAACCUUUCUUCUCUAUCAUGGCCUGAAUCCUCAGCCACCUCAAAAGUCAGCGGGCAGGAGGAGUCUCUCCCCAGUUUUCUUUUCAUUUCAAAUGAGGCUCAUUGUCCUAGAAAAGUACAUUAACUAGCAACCAGUCCAAUGACUAAAUAAAAGGACCAUCCAGCUGUGGCUCACACCUGUAAUCCCAGCACUUUGGAAAGCCAAGGCAGGAGGAACACUUGAGGCCAGGAGUUUGAGACCGGCCUGGGCAAUGUGGUCAAAUUCUAUCCCUACAAAAAAAAAAUUAGCCAGAUGUGAUGGUGCAUGCCUGUAGUCCCAGCUACUUGGGAGGCUGAGGCAGGAGGAUUGCUUGAGCCCAGGAAUUUGAGGUUGCAGUGAGCUGUAAUUAUGCCACUGCAUUCCAGUCUGGGUGACAGAGUAAGACCCUGUCUCUCUCUCUCUCUUUCUCUCUCUCUCUUUUUUUUUUUUUUUAAAGAAGUCAGCUCUACAAGGAUGUUCCUUUCUUUGAUGCAAUGCAGAGAGCAGAGCUUUGGACUUGGAAUCAGGAGACCUGGACUCUGUCAUUAAAUCAACUGUGACUCUGGGCCAGUUACUUUCCAUUUUUGAGUCUUGAUUUCCUACUUAUAAAAUGAGGGAGCUUAUUUGGAUGAUCUUUAAGGUCUCUUUUGGCACUAAUAACUCGGUGUCUCUUUUUUUUCACCUUCACCAUUUCAGUUGAUCCACCAAACAAACCUGAGAGAUCAGGAUUGGCAUCCAAGAGUUGUCUCGGCCAACUCUGAUGUCAUGCUUACUCUGUACUAGACAUUGUUCCAAGCAUUUUACGUGCAUUAAUUCAUUUAUCUUCCCAACAUCUUGUGAGGGAGGCACUAUAGUGAACCUCAUUUGAAGAUGAGGAAACAAAGGUACAAAGAGGUUCUAGCUGGACCUCUAAAGUCACAUAAUAAGUAAGUGAUAGAGCUGGAGUUCACAUCCAGGCAGUAGGCUCCAAGGUCUGUGCUUUUAACCACAUUUUGGGCUGCAUCUUUUAUAGACAAACUAUGAUCCAGAGAGAUUACGAGACUUGGAUCACAUACCAAGAGAGUGUUAAAGCCACAUUAGAAUUCAAUUCCAGGGCCAUCAGAUUCCAAGUCCACUGGAGAAAAGAUGUAUAUCUCUAAUCUGUUAACAAAUUGCUCAACUACUCAGACUAAUCCCAGGUGAUGGAUGUCUAAUGCUCAGGAAAGGCGAGUCAGUCUCUGAGGCAACAGAUCCCAUGGGCCUGGGUAGAAAAUGCCCAGUGCUUCCCAGUCCCAAGUGCUGGCUUUCCCUGUAUCUGCCUCUGCCAGGCAACACUUAUCAGGCUCCCAAUCAGCAGGAGCCUCCAUGCUCCACUUUGAACAGCCUCUAUGCUCCAGCAAUGGGGCAUUUGUGAAGAGUGACUUGAUUAACUUUUCUUACCAUGGGUAUAAUACAGUUGCUUCAGAGGGCAGUGGUUCUGGGUGUGAUUUUUACACUGUAACGUUGUAUACAGUGUCAUGGAUAAUUACUAUUUUUUUCUGGUCAUUAACACUCACCUACUCUAGUACUAGGAUUUCAGACCAAGGUCCUCAUGACGCCUGGAUAUUUUAGUAUCUAUAUCCAAUAAUCUUUUCUCGCCUACUGAAUAUCCAGGCAAAGAUGAAAUCAUUUUCUUUAAAACUGUCAAAUUCUGUAAAGCUCAGGAGCCAGUUCAAGGGAACAAGCAUCUUCACAA